AGAGCGCAUCUACUACAAAUCAGCAAAACAUAACCGGCAAGCAGAUUUAUCAAACGACUCCACACUCCGAUAGUUCGAUAAGUCAACAAAUAACGUUUCUUGAAGGACAUCCGCAUCGUGCUUUUGUUCCAAAUAUCUUCCAUCAUGGAGUGAUUAUCCCCGACCAAUUAUUGCAAAAUUCACAAACAAUAUUUAACCAGCCAAAAGUUGUGCAAACCACAAAUCCGCAACAAUCUUCGUGUAAUUUGCAUACAGUCAUUGAUCAAAAUUGUCCUGAAGUUUCUACUCUUAAUAACAAAUGUGAGAAGCAGCCAACUGGCGAUCGAAAUGUACCUAAUCAUAAACACAUCAUGCAAAUACAACAACAGAAGCAAGCAGCUAUUAUAAAAGAUCCAGAUGCGUCGUGCGAUAAUGAGAGAUCUACAAAUCAUAAUCAAAAUAUCUGUUGUAUUUCUCCACAUAAUCUAUUUGAGCAAAUAUAUCAGCAAUCACAUCAAAUGUCCAAUAAAAUGGAACUAAUGCCUAACCAGCAACAGCAAAUACAUAAUAAUAAUAAUUUAGAAAAAUACUACUACUAUAAUCAACAAUUAAUCGACUCACCUACACAAGGAAUGACUUCACCACAAGAUAUGACUAUUACCCAAAUAAAAUUAAUGCAACACAAUCCUUCAUUCAAUCAGUCUGUAUGGCCGCAGAAAAAUCGAUGGAUAGAAACAACAACUCAGAGCCAACAACAUUUGCAUCAUUCUUUAUCGCAACAUCAUCAUAUGCCGACCAUUAAUUUUAAUCAGCGUAAUUUUAAAUUUCAAAAUCAGUCAAAUUCAUCAAAGAAUUAUAUGAAACAUAAAUCUACCAAACUGGUUGCAAAAGAUAAUCAACGAGACGAUAGAAAUCAGGUACUAUAUUUCACGCCUGAUAUGAUACGCGAUCAGGAAUUGUUAGUUUCCACCUUACGACAACAAGAUAUAUCUGAUGAAGUAAUGCGCCGUCAAUUUGACGCGUUGUUAAACGAACAACGGCGACAUUUAGCCUAUGUCGCUCAAUUUCAGCAGGAAGCUGAUACUCUGGAUACUAAACAACCUCGAUAUAUGAGAAAAAGAACAGGAGAGUAUGAAAAGCCGGAAUGGAUGGUGCACAUUACACCACCUCGAAUUUCGUGUAACAAAGUUGAAAAAAUCACAGCGCAGCAAAAUAACUCAAGAAUACAAGGUUCAAUGAACGACCAGUUGUUAGAAAAACGUAACACAACAAUGGCUGUUCACCAACAGAAUUAUUAUCAGCAUAAGAAAGAAGAGGUGGCCAAACAAAUUUCAUCUUAUCAAAAAUAUUUACAGAAUAAUCCCGAUCAACAUAUAGUUAAUUGGUCUUGUAGAAAUAUACCAUCUAACCACGUAAUUUUCCAGCCGUAUGGUAUUCCACAAAAAAUACGAAAUACUUUAUAUUAUCAAUCAAAUCCAACUUUUACUGGCUAUAUUUACCAUCCAUACAAUAUAUAUUCUGAUCAUUCAUAUCAUUCGGAACAACAAAACAUCUGGCCAAGUAAUUCAAACAUAUCAAAUCCAAUUACUUCCGCAUACUUGUGCAAGAGAACAAAAACUUCUACUGAACCUUCCAGUCUGCUAAAAAUGAAAGUUUACAAGGAGAUAAUUUGUCCUCAGAAGCGCAAUAACGGCCUACAAGAUCCAGACACUAUUCACAAUGCACUCGAAGCGUUACAAAAUCCGGUGCUGUGCGGGAAAUCUAUUAUUAGACUAAACGGCACGCAGAAUCCUAACGAAAUUCCAGAAGAUAUACAACUACAAUUUCCUAUAAAAACUAAUACACAAUUUUCGAAAAAAGUCUUAAGCAACGAUUUGAAGAACAGUAAAUAUUUUGAUAAUUUUCCAGUACAUAUCUUGCGAUCUAAACGACAAAACGAAUCUAUUAUGACGAAAUAUCCGCAACAAAGACAAAGAGAUGGAACUUUUUUUUACGCACAUAGUGGAAAAGAAAAACAUCAUAACAACAAUACGACGAGUUUUCAAGAUGUUCCGCAGUAUUAUCAGAUGCAGCAAUACUAUCCUAAUGAACAGAACGAAUAUAAUGGCAGCCAAGGCGAUAUCGCAGGAAAACAAUCAAAUACGCCGAAUGCGACAAGAAUCUUUCACGCUAGUGGCGAUAACAUCGAGGGAUAAAACGCUCAAAAUAUACUCAAACGCAUAGAUGAUGAACAAAUAAUGCAGAAAGUGAAUAUUAUACAAUCAGCCGGAAAUCUGCAAGACAAGAACCUACAGACGUACUAUAUAUCUUUUUUAGAAGCUCGAAUAUAGCAUCAAACAAUUCCAUCAUUUCACCACAUAAAUUUAUCGCGAACAAAUACUUGCAACUUGCAAUGUACUAGAUUUAAUAAAUAUUUUCAAUAAUUCUCUCCCUCUUCUCUCCCUCUUCUCUCUCUCUCUCUCUUUUGUUUACAAAAUCUUAAGAAACAUGUUCUAAUAAUGAUUGUAAGCUUAUUAGUUAACAUGUUAAACCUCCAUCCAGUAGAAAUUAAAUUUCUUAUAGAAACUCAAAUUAGUUUUGUGCAAUAGUAAAAACUGUUACUAUUAAAUACUUUUGCAAAUUCUUUAAAAUUUGUUUUAUUUAGAUAUGAGUAAAACUUUCUCACAAAUGAGAGAACUUAUUUCUCAUCUAGAUACAGAUGAUGUUCAAUGUGUUAAAUUUUAACAAAAAAAUUAUAUGAGUAGUUUUAUAUAUGUGUAUGUGUCUAACACAGAACAAAA